AGAACGGAAUCACCAACUCCGACUUUAAAACCUUUAUUAUUUAAUUACGCUGAAUUCAUUAAAAAGCUUAAGGAAAUGACUAUUGUUUUGGGACAUUCUAAAAUUCUACCAAACUUUCCCGAAAACAAAAGAGCGUUAAUUGUACAAGAAACGUUUAAAAUGUUAAUGAAGCAUGCUUCAUUAAAGGAAAUGCAUAUUCGAACGACUUGUUCUUUCUUGGAACACAAUGUACCGUAUAUUACCUUUCCUGGAGCAAACAUUUGUUUUCAGAAUCUUUACAACUUUGUUGUGGAUUGCUAUCAAAGUUCUCUUAAUGAAAGCAGGGUCUUGGUAAUUGUGGCUGAAGUUGAUGCAUGUAACUUAUCAGAGUUAAGAAUCAAUAAACAUACUAUACAGAGAAAUGAACAACUUUUCUCUGAUUUAUCGAGGGAUAUAAAUUGGGGGGAGAAAAGUGCUCCCAUCUCGAUAAUAUUGAAUGCUGAAGAAGGGUUAACAACAAACGAACAAG